UUGCCUUCCUCUGGUGCGAAGGGACACCCCUCCCUCCAAGGAUGAGGCUGGAUCCGUGGGGCCCGGCGAAGGAGCGGAGGAGCCCCGGGGGAAGGAGCGCCGGAGCCCGGUGCUAAGAGAGAGAGAGAACGAGCGAGCGAGAGCGAGAGAUCCGGGCCGGAGCGUCCGUGGCUUGCUCCCCCGCUUGGGCUCCGGCUCCGUCCUCCCGGUUCCCGGCUUCGGGGCCUCGGGAAAGCGGAGGCAGGCGGGGCUCCCGGCAUGGAUGGCCGGGAGUUCGCGGCCCCGCCGCCGCCGCCUCCCCCGCCUCACCACCCGCACCUCCUGGGCCCCGAGCGCGGACACCACCACCACCACCACCACCGACACGCCUCCAGCCGCCUCGCCGCCGCCGCCGCAGCCGCAGCCGCAGCCGCCGCCACCCCGGGGCCCAACGCCGCCCAGCACGGAGCCCCCGGAGCAGGAGCAGCAGCCGCGGGGCAAGGAGGAGGAGGAGGAGGACACUUCCAGCCCGGGAAGUACUUCCCCGCCCCCAUCUCCAUGGCCGCCCACACAGGUCAGCCCCCGGCGGACGGGAAGCCCCGGGAGAGAGAGAGCAGAGGGAAGGGGGUCCGGAAGAGGAGGAGGAGGAGGGGGCCAGGAGGUCCUGGGCCCAGAGACCCCCGACGGAGCGGAGGGAGGGAAGGGCGGAAAGGGACACACACAGGAAGAUAUGCACAUAUAUAUGCACGCACGCACACACACACACACCAGUGGGGGGGGGCUGUGUUGGCCACUAAACAAAUGCGAACAAAAACCCAUCCGGGAGACCUUUCUUGGCCAACCGAAAUGAAUGGCCGAGAGGCUUCUUGCAAGCUUCCCAGGCUCCAGGGGCUGCUUCUUCAUCUGCCAAGAUGGCAGGAACCAAACCGGGGGACCAGGUGGGCAUGUUAGUCAGAUGCCCGCCUGUGGUCCAGUCCUUAGUAAAUACACACACACACACAGAUACCCAUAAUUACAAACACAAACAUAUGUAUACAUGGACACA